UGUCGAACUGCCUAAAAAGCUUUAAAAUGUCUGCAACGAAAGAGGACUUGUUCGGAAUCGAGAAAGACGAGGAAUCAGAGUAUGAUAGUGAAGAGAUAGAAGAACAAGGAAAAGGAUUCUCAAGAAGCAAAAUAAACAGAGCAGGCUCUGACGAUGAAUCCGAGGUCGAAUCCGAAGUCGAAGACGGCGACGAAGACGGCAAUGUCACCGCUGAGAGUGGUGAUUCCGACCAGGAAGAACUGGGAGGGGCCAAUGAAGACUCUGAAGCUGAUAGCGAAGAAGAAAAGGAUGAACGAUUUGCUUCUUUCGACCAGUCACCAGAACCACCAAAGAAAUCUGGUAAAAAGAAGGUCAAACCAUUGACCCCAGAAGAGCUCGAAAAGUUUCAAAAGGAUAUCAACAAGACCGGUGUCGUUUAUUUGGCCAGAAUACCACCUUUUAUGAAGCCAGUCAAAAUCAAGCAAUUGCUCAGCCGUUAUGCAGAAAUCGGCCGAGUCUAUCUGGCACCAGAAGAUGCAAAGAUCACAGCACGAAGAAAGAAGUAUGCCAAAAAUAACAAACAGAAUUUUACGGAAGGAUGGGUUGAAUUUAAAGACAAAAAGAAGGCGAAGGCUGUUGCCGCCAUGCUCAAUACCCAACAAAUUGGCGGCAAGAAAAAGAGCUAUUACUACUAUGAUCUUUGGAACAUCAAAUAUCUCCCAAAAUUCAAGUGGCACCAUCUAACGGAACAAAUGGCUUAUGAAUCGAAGGCUCGUCAGCAAAGACUAAGUGCAGAAAUUGCACAGGCCACGAGGGAAAAUAAGACUUUCAUCAGCAACGUUGAGAAGUCAAAGAUGAUCAACAAGAUGGAGGAAAACAAAAAGCGCAAAGCGGUCGAUAGCCAAUCAGAAUCGCCAUCAAAGUUCCAAAGAAACUUUGAUCAACGAAGCAUUGUACGCCGAGAAGCUGAUUUGACAGCAGAACGAAAAACUGACACUCUCGCCAACGUUCAGCCCAAGAUGAAGAAUGUCCUUGGCAAGGUGUUCGGAGGAAAAUAACGCAAAAUGGCAUUCAUACAUCGCAAUUGUAACAUAGUAGUUUAUUCAUGAUGGGUCGAUUAUAAUCGCACCAAAAAGUACAUUGCUUCCGGAUUUUAUUGUUCAUUCAAAGAAGAAAUAGAUUAUUAUCAGGAGUCGUGUUUUUUAAAUCUAGCAGUUUGAUAU